CUUUCGUUAUAUGCAGCAUGUGGAAGCUCCGGAGGUUCUUCUCCGGGGCCUCUCUGGUGUCCAAGAAGAAUGUGUUAGGGUGCAUGAGCUCUGUCUUGAAAGUAGACCAAACCUGGGAGUUCUCCCAUCGGAGGUUUGUGUAUUGUGUGACUUAGCUCAGCCCACACCAUACUGGACCAUAAGACAUGUUGGUGGUUCUAUGAUAGGUGCUGCUGCAGAGCAAAUCUCAAUUGUCGUGCGUACCGUUGUGGAAAGCAAAGCCAGCAGCAAUGUCUUGCGCUACAUCUACACGACAGGUUAGAAGUUAGAUCAUGAGCUUCCGAAGGUGGGCUUCUCGUUUUGAUUCUAGCGAGGUCCCAGUUCACCGUGACCGUCACUUCCUCCAACAAGAUGCCAAA